AUCAACUUAUCACUCCUCAUCUGAAUUUGCUACACGUACGCACGCCACCCUCCACCGACUUCAUCGUCUCAGCGACCUCCCCCACCGGAAUUUCGGGGUUCCCCUCAUCCGACCGCCACUGCCUUCGUCACCACCACGCCGGCGAUGGACUCGCCGACGUCCCUGCCUCUGCUGAACUCUCUGCCCCCGGUGAACUGGGACGCGCUGGAUGCCCUCGUCCUCGACUUCGCCAGAUCCGACCGGCUCGUCGUUCCUCCGCACGCUGCCCCCGCUGACGCCGCCGACGCCACCUGCCCCUCGCCGCCGUCUUCCCCUUCCUCCUCCACCACCACCGCCACCUCCUCCGCUCCCUCCUCUUCCUCCUCGUCGUCGUCGUCCUACCGCUCGCGCCUCCUCAUCCUCCGCGCCCGUCGCGCACUCGAGGCGGGCGAUGUCGACGCAGCUCUCGCGCUCCUCCGCGCCCACGCGCCCGCCGCGCUCGCCGACCACCGCCUCCUAUUCCACCUCCACAAGCAAAGGUUUGUAGAGCUGAUGAGGAGGGGCACGGAGGUGGACAGGGAAGCCGCGCUCGACUGCCUGCGCACGGCGCUCGCGCCCUGUGCGCUCGACGCCUACCCGGAAGCUUAUGAGGAGUUCAAGCACAUAAUGCUUGUCUUGAUAUAUGACAAAGAUGAUCAAUUAUCGCCAGUUGUCAAUGAGUGGUCUAUAAAGAGGAGGUUUGAACUUGCUGGUUUGCUAUCAUCUAUACUAAGAGCCCAUUUACAAGCUUAUGAUCCUAUUUUGUCAAUGAUCUUAAGAUACUUAAUAAGCAUUCACAAGGUAUAUUGCAUGCGCCAAGGAAUUUCAUCACCUAUAUCUGAUCUUACUGAGCGACUGCUCUUUGAGGAUCGUGAUCCACCUGUGGUUCCUCAGGAAUGCUCACUAGAAGCACCGCCAUUUGAUGAGGUUGACGUUCAAGCCCUAGCGCAUGCUGUGGAGUUGACAAGACAAGGUGCUGUUGAUAGCUUGAAGUUUGCUAAAGGAGAUUUAUAUCAAGCAUUUCAGAACGAAUUGUGCCGAAUGAAAUUGGACCUGACACUUCUGGAUAAACUUGUACACGAGUAUUGUAUAUACAGGGGCAUAGUUGAAGGCGGUUCCCACGUUCUUCCUGGAACUGCUGAAUUGGAAUGUAAGCAAAACAAUAAUGUCAAUAAUGAAACACAGCUUGAAUGUGAAAUGGCUAACAAUCAGAAUGGAGAUUGUAGCACUAGUGAUAUCACCCGUGAUGAUUCUUGGUCCAGAAGGUUACGUAGGGUUAGAAGUAGUACAUCUGGGCAGCGAAGACGAAAGAGAUGGAGAGGGCGGGUAGAUGAUCUAGAUUAUGCCUGUGAAGCCUUGUUGGAUGCAAAUAAGCAUGAUAGCUUGUCUCCUGCCCUUGACAUGGAUGAAGAUACUGUGGUAGACCAACAGGACUUGGUGGCAAAUUCUAAUACAUCUGAUACUAGAAACAUGGAAGAUCAGAAAUAUGAAGUUGUCCUGGAGAUGCAGGAUCUCACACGAAAAGGGAUGGCUUCCAAAGUUGUUGAGGAAAUAAGCAGUAUAGAUCCUGAGUUCUUUCCACAAAACCCUAUUCUUCUUUUUCAGUUGAAACAGGUUGAAUUUCUUAAGCUAGUGGCUUCUGGUGAUCAUGUUGCUGCUCUCAAGGUAGCAUCCACUCAUCUGGGACCUCUUGCUGCCAAUAACCAAGCUUUGCUGAAGCCCUUGAAGGAGACUUUGGUAACAUUGAUUAAACCCAAUGAAGAUAUACUGAAUGGAGUAUCUUUGCCGGUUCUUGCAAGUUCUCUCCAGGUUGCAAUGAGCAGGAGGCUUGGUAUUGAAGAACCCCAGCUAAUGAAGAUAGUCAGAGCAGCAAUCCAUACACACACUGAAUGGUUUAAGCUUCAGAUGUGCAAGGACCGAUUUGAGCACUUUUUGAAGAUUGAUUCUCUGAAAGAGGUUAAUCCACCAGUGGGCAGUUGCAGUAUGUCCAAGGGCCAUACAGAUGAAUGUGGCAAUGGAUCAUCUCAAAUCACAACAUGUUCAAGUGGCAAGGUGCCAGAUGAAGGUAGCAGCCCUCAGGUCUCAUCAGAAGCUGCCUGUGAUGAAAAUGCUAUACUAAAGGUUAUGGAAUUUCUCGCCUUGCCGAGGGCUGAUGCCAUCCAACUCCUCAUGCAGUACAAUGGAAAUGCAGAGACAGUCAUCCAACAGAUCUUUCAAUAGUGCUUACUGUAAAAACAUGCCAUACGUUUUGCUUGUUUCAAAACAAAAUUCUUUGUGAAUACUUUUCUUGCCUUGUACAUGAGAUUCUGAUAGCACUAGGCUACGUUCCUUUUUCCUGUAUAUUUGCUCGUCACUUCAUCCAUGUAACACCAAAGCAUAGCAUAAAACGAACUCAAAUGACAGUUUUCAAGCAAGUCACAAAGGAAUAAUGGGGAUGUUUUUGAAGUUGUUGAA